GAUUGAGUGUCAAACAACUCAUUGACAUCAAGGCUGUAAUGUGAUUGGUUAUUAAGGCCUACGUGAUACAAGUUAGCGGUUACGCUUUCUCCAAUAGUAAGUAAUAGACCCUCUCAUCUCCCUAUAGUAAGACUCGAGUUUGAUUCAGUCGAAUCAAACAAAACAGGUGUGAAUACACCCUUAGUUUUUAUAGCAUCUUUUACAAUCCAGCACCCCAGAAUGCACCGGAACCGGGCCUUUUCGGAGCCCGAGUAUUCUGCGGAGUAUUCGGCGGACUGUUCGGUCACCCUGCCCUCGGACCCCGGGCAGGCGGUGGGACGCACCCACGAGGUGACUGUGCGCAGCUCCGGCUGCUGCCUGUGUCUGCCGCGGUUCAUGCGUCUGACCUUCGCGCCGGACUCUCUGGAGAACCUCUACCAGACCUACUUCCGCCGGCAGAGGCACGAGACCCUGCUGGUGCUGGUUGUGUUCGCAGCCCUCUUCGACUGCUACGUCAUUGUGAUGUGCACUGUGCUUUACACGAGCGAUAAGCUGGCGUCUGUGGCCGUGGCGUCGGUGGGGCUGGCGGCGGACGUCCUGCUGUACCUGCUGUGCCGGUUCGGUCUGCUCCCGGACCGUGUGACGCGCCGCCUGGUGCCCUACGUCUUGUGGGUGCUCAUAGCGGCCCAGAACUUCUGUUACCUAGGACUGAACUUCGCCCGCUUCCAUCAGCCCAGCGACACGGUGGGCUGGCAGGCGUUUUUUAGCUUUUCCUUCUUUCUGACAUUGCCGCUGCGGCUGACCCCUAUUGUGCUGAUCACAGCCGUGUCCUGCGGCGUGCACACGCUCGUCCUGGGCGUCACGAUUGCCCAGCAGCAGCAGGAGGACAUUCAGGGGGCGGCUCUUGGCAGACAGUUGCUGGCCAACAUUGUGAUCUACUUCUGUGCCAUCACCGUGGGCGUCAUGUCGUAUUACAUGGCCGACCGCAAACACCGCAAGGCCUUUCUGGAGGCCCGGCAGUCGCUGGAGGUGAAGCUCAACAUGGAGGAGCAAAGUCAGCAGCAGGUGAGAGAGACAACCAGACCAAACCAACAUGAGCGUGUGGAAUUUAAUGCUGGCCAAUCAGUUCCUUCACUAGAGAUGCAAGGUCUCGAGACACGUUUUUUAACUUGAGCGUAGCAUUUUUAGAACUCGGUGU